AUGGUGGGUACAGAAAAAAAUAGCAAACAAGGUUAUCUUGAUGGACGAAUUGUGUACGUCUGUUUGUUGACGACAUAUUUAUCAUGUCAUCACAUGUGUUCAAAGAAGUGCGGAACUUCACUUGAAAAUAAAACAUUGCUGUCAGAACACGAAGAAAAUAUGGAAAAAUGUGCGAUUGAUGAAGAUAUAUUAACCAGCAUUAGCCGCAAGAUUUGCGUUAAGCUUCGAACAGAAAUGAAUGAAAACUUUCCUAAAUAG